AUGUGCUUAGAUAUAGGUAAUCAGACACAUUUAGUUGGUGCCCAUGGGAACAGUGUUGAUGCUGCUGCUAAGAAGGAGGCUAAUGGAAGCUUAGCUGAUCUGAACCCUACAGUUGUUUUUGUAUUGGGUGGCCCUGGCAGCGGAAAGGGUACCCAAUGUGCAAACAUUGUUCAGCACUUUGGGUAUACCCAUCUCAGUGCUGGUGAUCUUCUACGAGCUGAAAUCAAAUCUGGUUCUGAAAAUGGGACCAUGAUUUCAAAUAUGAUUAAAGAAGGAAAGAUUGUUCCUUCCGAAGUAACAAUUAAACUUCUUCAGCGAGCAAUGCUGGAAGGUGGUAAUGACAAAUAUUUGAUUGAUGGGUUUCCUCGUAAUGAAGAAAAUCGUGCCGCAUUUGAGGCUGUGACUAAAAUCGAGCCUUCAUUUGUCCUGUUUUUUGACUGUUCUGAAGAGGAGAUGGAGAGGCGCCUCUUGGGUAGGAACCAGGGAAGAGAGGAUGAUAACAUAGAAACAAUAAGGAAGCGAUUUAAGGUUUUCCUAGAGUCUAGUCUCCCUGUGAUAGAGUACUAUAACUCCAAGGGGAAAGUUCGGAAGAUUGAUGCUGGAAGGCCCGCGAAGAAGUUUAUGAGUCAGUAA